AUGCACUCGCUAGCAAACCAGUCUGAGAGUCUCGUUCAGUGUUUCAUUCAUUUUUUACGGCUUAUCAUCUCUUGUCACUCGGAAUCUCCUGACCAGACUGGAUCAUUAUAAAAUAUCAAUUAAUUUUCACAAAAAUAUCCAACCCUAAAAGAGAGCCGGUAAAAGUUGUUUACUUAAUAAUUAAUAAAUAAAAUCCAUCAAAUAGUCAUUAAAAUAAAUAAAGUGAUUGAUUGAGUAUUUGUAAAAUUGAAAUGGUGUGUGAUAAAAUGGAAAGCUUCAUCAGUUAUCAAUUGAUCAAGUGAUUAGUGAACUUUAACAGGGCACUAGGGCAUUGUGAAAAGUAGUUAAACUUUGACACAAUAGUAUUGUGUGGAUUUGCUGAAUUCCAUGAACGUGCGGGUCAAGUUGAGACUUACAUUAGGUAACAAUUUGACGAGUGAAUCGUUUGAUCACAGGUGGAGAUACGUGGAGAAUAAUUGAAGAAGAAUAGUACUUUAUUUGGUAUCAUCAGAGAAGCAACAAUGUCCUAGCGAAGGCAGGAGAAGGUCUAAAUAAAUGUCCCUCAUCCCUUGAUACCUCUACCCACCCUAUUCCUUAAUUGAUCAUUAUUAUAAUGUACGAGAGAUCGGAAGAGCAAAGGAAGACACGCAGGCGUGUAGACUGAAUCCAGGUCCAAAGUCCUUAAUCCCAGGGUGAUCCUCGCCCCGCCCGCAUCCUCAUUUCUCUCUUGGCAACUGCAUCCUCAACGAAGCAACUAAAAUCAUCUAAACAGGAUCUAUCAUCAGGUGAUGCUUUCAAUUGGUGGAGGAGGAUAGUGGAAACGUCAGAGUGAAGGCAGGAAGACUAGAUAGACGAGACAAACAGUGGUAGUGGUGCUGAAACGGAAGGGGUACUAUGGGAGCGGGGGAAUGGAGGGCGGAGGAGGGCUACAUGCCACGGACCUCCAUCGGCGGUUUACAACAUCCAGAAGUACCAAUGGUCCUCAAAGGAUUUUUCAACCCUUAGGCCACCCUGGAGAUCACUCUGCUUCUGUAGAUGACGAUAGAUCAAUUUCAGAGACGACAGAAGGCUUCACUUCCGGCCAGCCCACCUGCAUUGGGGUCAGGACACGUGACAGACGUCAGUCGAGUACAGACAGCCUUGCGUGGCCUUGUCUCAAUAAAAGCAAGUUGGAAGGCCCGGGACGACGGCGAAAACGUCGACAGGAGAGUCUAAAACUCUCGUUGGAUAGUCUACUAAAGGCUAGUGUCAAGAAUGAGGAUCAGAAGUAUCAAACGAUGGAGAGAAGAAGACUAUGGAGGUGUAGAGGCUUUCGACAAAUCACGGAAAUGCUUGUUGGAACAUUGUUGCUUGGCAUUGUACUACUCGUUUCACCAGGCCUCUGUAAUCAUCAAGACGCAGUUCACAUAACAGCUAUCUUGGGAGAGAGCGUGGUUUUCAACUGUCACGUAGAGUUCCCCGGUGAGCACCCAGUGCCCUACGUUCUCCAAUGGGAGAAGAAGGUAGGCGACACGGAAAUACCAAUUUACAUUUGGUACGAGUCGUAUCCGACACACAGUGGAGAAGGCUACGAAGGAAGAGUUUCAAGAGUUAAUCCAAACUCACAUUAUGGUAUCGCUAGUCUCAACCUCACCAAUAUUCAAGAGAAUGACCAAGGAUGGUACGAAUGCAAGGUCGUCUUCCUCAACAGAUCACCAAACAGUCCUAAAAAUGGCACUUGGUUCCAUUUGGAUGUUCAUGCACCACCACGAUUUACCAUGACUCCCGAAGAGAUGAUCUACGUCAAUCUGGGUGAUGCUAUAAUACUAAAUUGCCAAGCUGAGGGUACACCAACGCCGGAAAUAGUUUGGUACAAGGAUGCCAAUCCAGUUACGACCUCGAGUACUAUCGGAAUUUUCAAUGAGGGCACGGAACUACGAAUUGCGUCAAUCAAGAAUGAGGACAUUGGUGACUAUACAUGUAUCGCAAGAAAUGGAGAGGGUCAAAUUAGCCACUCAGCACGCGUUGUUAUCGCUGGAGGAGCUAUUAUAACUAUACCACCAACAAAUCAAACAAAACUUGAAGGUGAAAAAGUACAAUUUCCGUGUGAAGCAAAAGCUCUCCCGGGCAAUGUGACAGUUCGUUGGUUUCGUGAAGGUGCCCCUGUUACUGAAGUUUCUGAAUUAGAAACACGAGUAUCCAUCCGAAAGGACGGAAGUCUAGUGAUCAAUCCAGUAAGUGCCGAUGAUUCUGGAUUUUACCUCUGUGAGGUAACGAAUGGUAUUGGUGAGCCUCAGAGUGCUACCGCCUAUUUAAAUGUUGAAUAUCCCGCAAAGGUGACAUUUACACCAACAGUUCAAUUCUUACCAUUUCGGUUGGCUGGUGUCGUUCAGUGUUACAUAAAAGCUAAUCCUCCUCUUCAGUAUGUCACUUGGACCAAGGAUAAACGUCUUCUUGAGCCUUAUCAGACUAAGGAUAUCGUGAUAAUGAAUAAUGGUUCUUUACUUUUUACGCGAGUCAACGAGAAUCAUCAGGGAAAAUACACAUGUACGCCUUACAAUGCUCAUGGGACUCAAGGUGGAUCAGGACACAUGGAAGUUCUUGUGAGAAAUCCACCAGUUUUUACAAUAGAACCAGAGCCAAUGUACCAGAGAAAAGUUGGAGAAACAGUGGAAAUGAGUUGUGAUGCUCAAGAAGCUGAAGGAACGGAAAAACCGACAAUCCAAUGGCAGAGAGGUAAUGGUGCUCCCUUGGAACGUAAUCGAGCGAAAAUUGUAGGGGGAAAUCUUACAAUAGAGGGACUUCGUCGGGGAGACUUUGGACAUUAUCAAUGUGUUGCCUCGAAUGAAGUUGCAACAAUUGUGUCAUCAACUCAAUUAAUUGUAGAAGGAUCUCAGCCACAUGCGCCUUACAAUGUCACUGGAACUCCUUCACAGUUUUCGGUGACGCUUCAUUGGCUUCCAGGUUAUUCCGGUGGUCCUGAUUACAAACAAGACUAUACGAUUUGGUAUCGUGAAGCUGGCACGCAAACUUGGAAAACUCCAAUACCAGUUACUCCUUCCGGUAGUACAUCAGUAACGAUCAAUAGUCUAUCGCCUGGAACGCUUUAUGAGUUUCAAGUAGUUGGGAAAAAUGCAAUCAGUGACAAUAUGACGAGUAAAAUAACUGCGAUAAGAACACUUGAUGUUGGGAUUGCACCGCCAGCAACAACUCCAAUAAAUUCUGGAGGUAUUACGUCAGAUCAGAAUGCUGGACCAAGGCCAGGACCUCCAAGAAAUUUAACAAUAACAGAAAUCAGUAAUGGGUUUCUUAUUACUUGGCAACAUCCUUUGGAGAAAAGUCAUCUUGUUCAAUACUACAAUAUCAAGUAUAAAACUGAUACUCAUUGGAAGGAUCUCAACAGAGGAAAAAUUCGUCCUGAAGAAACUAGUUACUUAGUGAAGAAUUUGGUUGGUGGAAGAACCUAUUACUUUAAGGUAUUCGCUCAUUCUGCAACAACACACAGUGAGACAGAGCAAGUUAAAUUUCCAGUACCCGCGCGUGUAAAACACAAGGCCAUCACUGCCGGAGUUGUAGGUGGUAUACUUUUUUUCAUCGUUGCGAUUAUUCUCAGCAUAUGUGCGGUUAAAAUAUGUAAUAAACGGAAACGACGAAAACAAGAGAAAGAACUGAUUUCAGCGUAUAAUCUGGUAGCCUGCCGACCUACAGAUGCCCGAAAUGGGGCCGGCCAGGGGCCCCACGGAACAGUGCCUUUGAAAAAAGUUAGAAAAAGCCGAGUACCAGGUCUAAGUCUUCUGCGAGAGAUACUGAAUCCAGACACCCCGGAUUCAUGCCGGGGUCGUCCACUUGGUAAAAUCUCACGAGCAGCUGAUGGACGCUUUGUGAUAGCGGACUCAGUACUGAGUUCAGCCAACAAUAGUAUCCUGGAUGCAUCAAGUAGUGAUGAUGGUGGUUUUUUACCAAAGAAGAGUCGACUUAAAUCAUCCUGGCGACGCCCACUUGUUGGAACCAGUCAAAUGAGUUUGAGAUCUGAUGGAAGUGGUGUUUCUGUAUCAAUGCCACCAGCUGCUUAUCUUGGAAUUACUAAUCCUCUAAUGAGACAGCCUACGAUAUGUACCAUAACUUCACCAGCCUUCUUUGCGAGUUCACCGAGUGGCGUUCAAGUUCCAUGGAGUCCAACGGUAUAUUUAAGUGAUUUAAGUUCUGUUCGACAACCAUCAUCAAUCGAGAGAUCCUAUCCAACACCACCAGGCUAUCACCAACAGUUGCGACAUCUUCAUCAACGUUACAGCCAAGAGCUGCCAUCAUUAAAGGCUAUUCAUGCUGAAUCCCAGCGAUUUGUACCAGUUCAUCCUCUUGCUACUUCAUCACCACCUCAACCUACUGGGAGACCUCGUGCUAGAUUACCACCAAGGCACGCAAGGCAUGCUCGAUCUGCUCCAGAGCUUGCAGCAUCACCUGAUCUUCAUGAAACAUCACCAGAAAGUCGAUCAAGUAGCUCUGGUUUCGGUAGCAAAAAUACUUCUCAGCAAAAUCAAAGUUCUCGUAGUGGAAGCACUGUGACAGAAUGGAGACCACCACCUUAUAGACCACCACCUCCUCCACUUCUUGGACGUUGGCUGGAACUCCAAGAUCAACCAGUAAAAAUAUCUCAUCAUGCUCACACUGCUGUUGAUGUUGGUAGCGUUGAUGGCCACUACGAAUUUGAUCCUGUAUCGUGUACUCCCACACCUACUUCCGCAUCAACACCUACGAGAGAAGAGCGACCGCCUGUUCAUCAUAUUCACACAAUGCAAUUACCCCACAUACAUCAAGUCCAUACAACAACGUAUCAUCAACCUUCGCGUUAUUCACGAGAUAGUAUUGAGGCUAGAGUGCAAGCAAUGAAGGCUGAGUUUCAUCAAUUUCGACAAAGACAAGCCAGACGAAGGCAAAGUGAACAUUUGGAAAGUGCAUGCUGAUGAUGUAUUGAUUGUGUAGAGUAGGUACUGGAUUAGAUAAAGAGGACCAAUGUAAAAUUGUCAUUCUGAUACAUAAAGUAUUAACAAGAAUGCAAGAAAAAAAGUGCAGUUUUAACAUUAUCUACUAA